AUGGGCGUGGUUGUUUAUAAAUAAAAUAUGGCAGGAAAAAGACCAAAAAGAACAGAGGUUGAAGAAAAUGAUGAAAUGCUUGAAACUAAGAAAAUUGCUCAUAAUAUUGUUGAGUGUCGACGUAAACAUAAAAUAGCUCGGUCUAUUGCUACUCUUUCUAGUCUUGUCUGUCCUUGUGACUGUGGGAAAGAGACAAGAGCUGAUGUGUUACAGAGGGCAGUUAAUAAAAUUGAAGAACUAGAGAAAAGCAAUAAAGAAUUGAGAGAUGUCAUUGAAGGAAAGUCAACUGAUAAUCUUCAUCAAUCAGAGUCAUAUCUGCAGUCAAAACUAGCCAUAGCACUAGUGGACCACCUCUCUUUACUUAUAUCUAUCAAUCAACAAAAAGAAGACUAUGUCUCAACUAUAGCUGAUACCCAUCUAGCAUCAAGUCCUGAGGAAGAUGGCACUCAAGUUAUUCCUUCCUCCAAGCACAUGUAUGGAGAAACAAGUUCAAGCAAUGAAACAAGACUGGGAUCCUUUACUGUCGAGAAUCUUCUCGAAUCUACUAGUACAAAUUAUGAUCGAGCAAAUUGUUUGUCACACGAUAUGACUAGUCUGGCAGCCAGUAGUUCCAUGACAACAAGAGAUAAUAUAUCGAUGGGUAUAGUACCAGUAACCGAUUGUAUUGGAUCUCCUCUUAUUAAUGGGAUUAGUGCCCCGCCUACUUCAUCUUGGCUUCCGUAUGCUUUCCCCUCACGUCACCAAUACCAGCCAGUUAUUGACAGUGAUUGGACACACCCACCAAACCAAGUCCAUUGUCGUUUUGAAACUCCUGGAGAACCUGUUUAUUAUCAUACUGAACCGUGUAGAACUCAGUCGUUGAUUCCAUCGUCUCCUCAAUCUGUUUGGAGACCUUAUAAUGACCUCACAAUCAACCCACAGCUGGGCUCUGCUCCUCUUCCUCCUCCCACUACUGCCAAUGGAUACAAUCAAACUCCUUCCACUCAGCUUCCUAAUUCCAGUUCAUUUCUUGUCGGCCAGUUGCUUGAAAAUAUUCUGCAAUGAUUCAUUGUUUAUUUUUAGUUCAUCUUUUAUGUUUUUAACACUCCUUUUUUCACUCCUUGAAAACAAUAAAUAUUUUUUAAAAA